AUGAACUACUCUUUGCGAGGUAUUGUCCCUCUAGCUCAAUCGCAUUCGCGAUCUCCGGGCGGGAGUUACAGUCCGGCAGAUGAAAGCCGGUCGUUAUCCAGCUUCCCCACCAUCUCGUCAACAUCGCAUUCAACAUGGCACUGCCACGGUACAACAAUCGAUCCGACGUUUACAGCCAACGACAAACUUGGCCCCGAAUGUUUCGGACUCGAACACAACGCCAGCUUACCGAGUCGCGGUCCUGCGCCAGACGUGUGCGCGGCAAUCAAUCACCGACAUAAUCCUCGCCUUGCGGUCUGGAAUGAUUCAGUCGCCCUCAUCGCCAGCUCGCAUCACCCACACAGGAGCGUCUUCCUAGCAGCCAUGUUCCGGCUACUGGAUCGCAGAAUUCCUCACCAUGCCGCUCCACCGACGCUGCUGAAGAUCACCAAGACCCUAUGUCAUCAUGCGCGACGCUUAAGAAUUCUUUACCAAGCCGCCAUUGAACUCGUCGCCCCUAUCAUUUCAAGGGCUGAAUCGUCGUCCUCGCUGGACAGGUAG